AUGUCCAUGACAGAAAACCCCAUUGCCCGAAAAGCAGCACGAGCUUGGGUUAGCCAAAGUUCUGACGCCAACAUCGAUGAGCUCGUAGGGUACCUACAUAAGCCCCCGAGCAAUGACUGGAGUGCCAAAGACGAGGCCGAUGUCGAACAGAUGUGGUGGAAUUCAGAUGCCAAGGACGCAAAGGAGAUGAUCGGCCCAAACACUCAUUCAGAGCUAUUGACUCUUUUCAAGAUCUGUCUUCGUGUCCGCGGCUGCACUCCAACGCAGCUCAUCUCACCCUUGACUAACCUACGAUACCUCCCGACGGUAGGGGCCACAGGACCAUCUUGCUGCCUUUACUCGAACGCCUUUUGCAAGGCCCUUUCGACGAUACUCGUUCAUCCGUGCAUGCGGAAGGGCAAAACAAGUGUCAUUUUGACCCUCCAGUACGCGAUCAUGACUCGCAUUGAUGACUGCACAGUAUGGGCGCAAUUACGGUCCCGGAUACAGACAAUGAGAUGCCCAGCGAUCACGCAGACCGUCAAUAGGGUCAUAAACGAGAUCGAGUCAGGUCUUAUGCCGCGCCUGCACGCUGUUCAUAGGGACGUCCGAUCUCAAGUGUUGUCGAGGGGGGAAACGCCAUCGCAGUUGUCAGUGUUGCUUUGUCAAAUCGGCGAAAUCGUUCUGCGGAAUGCAGCAACGGCUGUACCCUCAGAGCAGAGCAUUUCCGUCCAAUUCGGCCGAGAGGUCCUUCCUCUCACUCUUGAAGACUUGACAGUCGUCCAGACGGCCAUUGACAGUAUGGAAUGGCCCGAAGGUUAUGGAAGCUUUGCUUGCACAACAGCCGAAGCCUUGUUCAGCUACAACCUCACGGACACACGUCGUGAUAUCCCUGGAAGGGAUACCCUGGCUGAUUUCUUUGAGCGGGGUCAUAAGCAACUGCUUCGUGAUUGCUUGCCAGAAUACAGGCAAUGGAGGGGAAAGCGUUCUCGACAAGACAAGGAGGACUCUCAGAACCAGAGUUUCUCUGACGUGGAGAACUCUGAAAUAUCGAGUAUUUCUGACGUGGAGAUGGACUCAGACUGUGAUUACUGGCAGGGUCGUCUGCCCCCCGACCCUCAACCAUCGACAGAGGUCAUCAUCGAAAGUGAUCCGCAGUCACCUGAGCUUGCCUCUGCUAUGGACACUACCCAAUCGCCGUGGCACCCUCUGGGAACACUUGAGCAGAUUCCCGGACAGACUACCGCAUUAUCCAUCUUGCAAGAAGUUCCGCUAUUGAGGAACGAGAUAAGGGAAUUGAAACAGAAGGUCCAAGACCAAUCCGAAAAAAUGCAGGAGCUGGUUCAAUCGAACAAGAUGCUGGUUGAGAGAAUUGAUGAUUUACUAGCCAGAGUUCGGAUCCCAGACACGUCGCAGCGCAGAGUUAUAUAUCGAUGA